AUCUGUUGGAGUCGCUUCCUCUCUUGGGUGGUGGCUUCAAACUUUGUUACUCGACUUCAUUCUUGUGUGUGGGAAUGAGCGAAGGAAGAAAACUAGUUGUAUAAAAGCGUCACACUGUGCAGCUGAACAAGUGUUGGUUUGAACGGCGUCGUUUAUUUGACUAAUCUUGGUACAUUUCGCGCGGAGGGAGAGUACAUAUCGAGUUAAAGUCAUGCAGGCCAUCAAGUGUGUGGUCGUCGGGGACGGAGCUGUGGGUAAAACAUGCCUGCUGAUCAGCUACACAACCAAUGCCUUUCCUGGAGAAUACAUCCCCACAGUAUUUGAUAAUUACUCUGCAAAUGUGAUGGUGGAUGGGAAACCAGUGAAUCUGGGUCUCUGGGAUACAGCUGGACAGGAGGAUUAUGACAGACUUCGUCCCCUGUCGUACCCUCAAACGGACGUGUUUCUCAUCUGCUUCUCCCUUGUGAGUCCUGCCUCUUUUGAGAACCUUCGUGCAAAGUGGUAUCCAGAAGUGAGGCACCACUGUCCAAACACUCCAAUCAUCCUGGUAGGAACCAAGCUUGAUCUGAGAGACGAUAAGGACACUAUUGAGAAACUGAAGGAGAAGAAGCUCACUCCCAUCACCUACCCUCAGGGCCUGGCCAUGGCCAAAGAGAUUGGAGCUGUGAAGUAUCUGGAGUGCUCAGCGCUCACACAGCGCGGCCUUAAGACGGUGUUUGACGAGGCCAUCCGUGCCGUGCUCUGCCCUCCCCCUGUCAAGGAGAGGAGGAGGAAAUGCCUGCUGCUCUAGAGUUCUGAGGAAAGAUUGCUGUGAUCCAAACUGUAUUUCUACGGGAAGAAGUUAAAAAUGAGACCAUGUUUCCAUUUCUCACUUCUUCCAUUGUAAUUACCAGUACAACUUUAUACCUUCACAAAACUUUUAUCAAUAGAUGUAGUAAAAAAUCUAUCCCUACCCAUCUCCCUUAGACAGACACAUACUAUUGGAUGACCUGCGGCCUUUGACUAAUGGAUAUGAACUUUUAGAAGGUUAACAAUGUCCUGAAGUUGGUUCCUUUCGUUGAGAACCCGUAAGGUUUGUUUACAGUCUUAAUUUGAAAGAAAUGAAGAUCCUGCCAAAUAGCACUACGUUACGAUGGGGCGGUACUGUGUCCACCACAUUUGUUGCUUUUUACCCUCUAAAGGGCUGCAACCAUUUGGCAAACCAGAACUAACUGUUGGCUGCUGUGAAGCAAAUGCCAUGUCUUGUGGUUUAACCCAUUUUUUUGAAAGCGAUAAAGUUAGCUUACCUCGCACCUGUUUUUGAAACAUGAGGUUCUGUUAAUGGAAGGAUGAGGUGUCCAAACUGAUUUUUAUACUUGCGUGCACACUAUUUGCCAUUUGUUUUGGGGAGGUUAUACUGUAAUUUAAGGCCACACUAAUACACAAAAACAUGUCCUAGCCACAUUUCACUCCUACAUUUUUUAGAAAACAAAAAAAAAAUGAAACCUCUUUUUAGGACCUUUUUGUCACAGUUAAAUUUCCCUUAUUGCAAUAUAAUUUUUUAAAUUUUUUUUGUAUGAAUUUUACUAUAAUAUUUUACUAUAAUGAGAACUUUGGGAAAAUGGGCUUAAUUGUAAUUGAAUGUCAUAAUAUAUCAUAAUGCAUGAUCCUAAAAAUAGGCUUUAUUUUUGUGUAAUCAAAGUAUAAUUUCCAUUUUUCUUUUGAGGUGAAACAUGGCCAGGAAAUGUUUUGUUGGUCCCAGUAUGUCAAGAAGUCUCAGAAUGGGCAGAACUAGUUUUAGUCCCCAAAUAUCAGCGUUCAACAAUGGCUUUUUUAAAAAAUAUCUAAUGGAUCACAUGGGACAUUUAGUGUCAAUCUUAAUUUAGCGGUAUAUGAACACCUUGAUGCUCUUUGGGCAUUUAUAAUACACCAUCUACA